ACACAAUAACAUUACUGGCUCGUCGUGUCGGCACAAACUAAUAAUCUAUAGUUUAGUUUCAGACUUUAAUAUUUUCAUGGUGGACUAAUCAGUGAUGAUCCACAGCAGCUUGUAAGAACUGGAUAUAUCACUAAGUAUGAAUAACUGUGAAACUGUGACAGACAUUACUCGGAGACUCUUACAGGCCCAUUUGGAGUUACUAAAGGCGCAACUUAAUUUACAGUUACUGCUUGCAAAAUGCAAAAGACAAUCAGAUGAAAGGGACAGAUUGAUAAAGGUUGCAAUAGAAAACUGCAAGAAUUUCACUGUUCUGCAGUGGCUGAGAGAAAAUGACGAGUCUGACAACUUCAGCAAACUUGUAGACAUGUUUAAUUUCUGGAAAAAACACAUUGAUGAGGAGGAAAAGAAGAACCACAGUGACAAUGUUCACAUCACCUUUGUGGCACACGGAGCAAUCAGAGACUUCAUGAUUCCAGCCAGCUGUCUGCUGCCUCUACCCACCAUCACUGAUGUGGUCCUGUAUGCUCCCUGGAACUGUGUCACAUGUGGUGAUGUAUACGGUAUUGCAACAGGCAAAAUAAAACCUCAACACAGAGUUUUCUGCUGCAGGAAAGCAAAAGGCUGUACAAUUCCUGAUGAAAUGCAUCAACCUGUCAAACUGCCAGACCACUGGAACUCAAUGAAGAACGCUGGAGGAUGCAAGAUCCCAAACAUCACCGUUAGCCCACUUCGACCAGAUGAUGGUGUGUGGGAAAACUAUGGACUUUGCACAAAAAAACAUGGCCAACCAGGCAGAAACCGCAUUGUCAUCCCGUUCAUUCUCCCAGGAGAGGAAAGUGAAAGUGUUCAGUUCUCUGUCGUCAUGUUGGCCCUGUCCCUUGUUCUCCUGUCCUCCAGGUUUAAAGCCACUGUCCACUUAUGUGCCUGUCUAGGUGAUCAAUCUGCUGGACAGAAAUUUGACAAGGAGCAACUAAAGAAGCAGUAUGCCUACACUAUUGACAACACCAUAAUGACAGUUUCACCAGACAUGCUCAAUGAAUCAUGCAUAGUUCUUUGAAGCGUUGAUUUGGUGGUUAGAUAUCCUUCAUUUCUUGGUGGACACAAAGUUGUGGACAACUGAAUGAGAAAACAUUGAACUGAAAUUCAGAACAGGAGAAAUCUAUUACAACAACAAUGCUAUACUGAUAUUUAGGUGUGGUACGGCUAAGGCUAAUAAUAUAAGAUUAAAAUUCAGUGCAAACAUGACACAUCCAUGUUAUAUAAUUCAUCCUGAAGGGAACAUGUCUGUCUGGACCAAAUUAUAUCACAAUCCAUGCAAUAGUUGUUGAUAUAUUUCUGGGUCGCAGUGGAGGAGAAACAGAGUGUGUCAAGACACACUGAACAUGGCCCCAGCCGUGGCGCAACUGGCUGGGGCACCUGCAUCGCACGCCGGCGACCCGGGUUCGAUUCCCGCCCCGUGGUCCUUUCCGGAUCCCACCCCAGUUCUCUCUCCCACCUGCUUCCUGUCAUUCUCUCUACUGUCCUGUCCAAUUAAAUGCAUAAAAAGCCCAAAAAAUAACCUUUAAAAAAAAAUAAAAAAAAAGACACACUGAACAUACCCAUAUCUUGAUUAUUUUUACUCACAAGCUAGUUUCAGUGAAAAUAGAUAGAGGGUAGCUUUGUACAGCUGACAUGGACCAGGUGCUCCAGUUUGCACAUAGAGAUUUAUUUUCUACAAUAUUGCCCCUAGAGGUCUCUAAAGAGUGCAGCUCCAGGUUGCAUUUGAUUUUCAGGACACAUUUACAGUGUCUGGUAUUUUGGUUAAUUUAUACUGCUGUACAAAAUGAUUCGUUUGUGCCUUAUAUAAAUGUGAUUCAAAAGAUAAUUAGUGUUUUAUUUUACCAUAUGCAAAUUGGAUA